CCAGGUGCACUGCCAAAGCGGCCGUAUGUACCACAAGAACCUCUUACACGCGGUCAAAAAGUCAAGCGAUGGUUCCGGAAGUACUUUUUAGAGGGCAACAUACCCAAGUGGCAGAAGAAGCGACGGCUGAGCUCCAGCAUUGCCGGAAAAUCCCACAUGGGAGGAUUUGAUCUUCAUAAAGUACAGGAAAUUCGUCGCGAUGCUCAUUCCGUUCGUCCUCAUGCAGGAAUAUCAUUAAUUAUUUUGAAGACUGUCUGGUGGAUGGUCGCCAUCCGACACAACUUCUUCCAAUGGUAUCCAGACUAUUGGCACAUGCCAGUGACAAUGAUUCUUGGAUCGUUUGUUGGAGGGAUGACAUCAGAAGGAAGUGGUGCGGUAGCUUUUCCUGUCAUGACGUUGGCACUUCAUAUUGCACCAUCGAUAGCCAGAGAUUUCUCGCUUAUGAUCCAGUCAUGCGGUAUGACAUCAGCGCUUAUGUGUGUGAUGUUUAUGAAGAUCGAUCCACUUUUCAAUGGGCCACAAAAGAAGAUGAUGUUCGUGGCUAUCUGGACGGCGUUCGCUAUCGCACUUGGAAUUCUGAACUCCCAAAAGAGACGAAAGACCUACAAAGAAAUCCCCGACUUUUGCACAUGGAAGGCCAUAGUGCUGUUCAUCACCGGAUUCGUUGGAGGAGUUUUCGACGCCUUCGCCGGUUCGGGUGUGGAUAUUUGCAUUUUCUCUAUUAUAACGCUGUUAUUCCGUGUCACCGAAAAGACGGCGACGCCUACAACUGUUGUUUUGAAA